AUGAAGACAUCCCCUCAAUCAUUCUAAAGGGAAAAUGAAGAAACUGUAUGGCAUACUCGCAAAUUACGUUAAGAGACUGAGAAAGAUAUCUUAUUAAUGAAAAAUAGACUCAAAUUAUUAAAGAGAGGUGAUGCACAGUUAUCUAAGAGAAUUGAUGAAACUAAGAAGAAAACAAAAUCUAUGAUAGAAUUGAAAAUGAAUCAUCAUGCAUAAAUUGAAUAAGUAACUAACCUUAUUUAUCCAAACUCAUUAGAAAAAACUAAGUCAAAAGAAUGAUGAAGAAAUAUUGAAGGAUAAAUAGAAAUUAAAUUAUAGUCUCAAAAAAUAACAAGAAGAACAACUAGAAAUGAUUAAGAAGGCUAUGGAACAAAUCAAAUUGGAAGAAUAUAAAAGAAUUAAGUAUUCUUACAAUUUAUCAUUUAAUCUAGAGAAAUAUCCAUAAAAAAUUCUGAAGCCAUUAAUAAAUAGAAAGAAGAGUUCCUAAAAAAGAACAAAGAGAAAAGAGAACAUAUCAAGGAAAUUAUGUCCCAAUCAAAAACCAAUAUAUCACUUUAUUGGAAUGAAAAAUUGUCCCACAUCCAAAAGGAAAACGAGAAGUAAGCAUUAUUGACAAUAUUUCAUCAGAGCUAAAUUGGAGAACAAAAGGGCUUGCGAAUACAAUAAGGCUUAAUAAGAAAAGAUGGAAAUGGAAGAAUCAUACAUGAUGCAAAAAUUAAUGAGAUCACAAGAAGUUUAGAGGAAAUUAGCAGCAAGAUUAGAGAAGGCUAAAAACUUGGCUCAUGAUGAAUUCAAUCACAUGAUCAAAGAAGAAGAAGAUCAUUCACAUCAUCUUAAAACUAAUAAAAGUGCAGAAGCCCCUCGUUGGUUACCUACUCCAGAAAAGGAUCUUGUUGUCUCUCAAAACUUAGAUUCAGAACCUUAACAAGAUUCUGAUUAAUAAAAAAAAGAUGAUAAUCAUGAUGAUUAGUAAGAAUGA